AUGUCGUCGACAAACAAUAUCUCCUUUUUAAUACUUGUGCUUCUGCAAGUUUUAGUCGUAUUACACACCAACUACGUGAAAGUCAAUGUCGGGGCCAAUCAAGGUACGCCAGCGCAGUUCAUCUUACCUGAGAGCCUUGCUAGAGCGCGUUCCGGUGUCAUCGGUACCGCCGUGUCUCGUAUCGCUCCUGGCAGUGAAAAGCGCAUAUCGCUUCCGGAUAUACAACCUCAUCACUCCCAGUAUUACGCGCAAUGGCUCUAUACUGGCCGAGUAUUUAUUUUGGAACCGGAUCGUGUCCUUCCCGGUCGAUUGGGACACCGAUACUACGAGAUGGAAGAGCAUGCGCGUUGGGGACAUCACCUGAAGGUCGCAACGGAACUGCGAGAUAUCGACUUCCAGGACGCGCUAACCGAUGCUAUCAUUGAAUGGAUUAACGAGUUUAGAGAGGGGUUUGAUCGACGCCAUGGCGAAAUGCUGGCCUUCAGGAUUGACAGGGACCUAUCCCCAGAUUCCCCUGCACGUCGCGUCCCUAUCGAGGCGUCGAUCAAGUAUUGGCGUACACGAGAGUUCAAGGAUCUGUCUUUGGUUCAUUUGAAGGGCCCGGAGUGGUUCGUACAAGGUCUAUUCGCCGAACUAGUCCCCUUCGUUGGGAGCACGGCGGUCUCACGGAAGAGUAUCGCUUUCCCGAAGGAUUUAAGCCAAACGUGCGACUACCACGAGCACACACGACUAGGACGGCCAUGUUACAAGAGCCCCCUACCGCUCUGA